UCAUUAGGAAAAUUCUGGAAAAAAGAUGGCAACACCUGAGAUGGAGCUUAAGAACUCCAUGGACCCUAUUAUCCGGACAACCUACACACAAUUGAAGGAUGUUCAUAAUAGUGUGAGGUGCUCAACUAUUUAUCCUGAGAAGUUCCCAGGAAAUGUCCCACAUUGGGGAUCAGGAAAUUGUGAUGAUGACAUGUGUCAGAUUGAUGAUGAAGAUGAUCUUGUGAUUGGAGCAUCAGGAAAGUUUGAUUUUACUUUACUUUCUGAUGAUUUUAAUAAGAGGUUUAAUCCUAUGUUUGAGCCGAACGAUAAUUGGCCAUGCAAGUUUGAUGACACUCCAGAGAAGUUCCCAGGAAAUGUCCCACAUUGGGGAUCAGGCAAUUGUGAUGAUGACAUGUGUCGGAUAGGUGAUGAAGAUGAGUUUGUGAUUGGAGCAUCAACAAAGUUUGGUUCUGCUUUAGUUUCUGAUGAUUUUAAUAAGGUAACAUAUUACUUUUAUGUCCUACAACAAAUAUAA